CGCGCCUGGGGAGGACCUGUCACCGGAAGGUGACCUUGCCUCGGUCGCGUCCGGCCGCGUCCCCUCCUCCCGCGCCCGCGGCCUCGGGCCCCGCUCCAGACGGCGCGAGCCCAGGAACUUUUGGCUACUACUGGGCCCUGGGGCCCUGAGGUUUGCGGACGCAGUGCAGCAUGGUUUGCAGCAGUGAGAGGCGCACACGCCGGGAGGACAUCUGCAGAGAGCGUCCGACGAGGGGAAGCCAGAGGGCGGGCUGGGAAGGCAGCUGGAAAAUUCAUUUGCAGAUUGCCCGACAAAGGUAAAAAGAUCUCAGACACUGUUGCCAAGCUGAAAGCUGCCAUUGCUGAGCGUGAAGAGGGCAGAGGAAGAAGCAAAUUGUUUUAUCCUGUUAGUUUAGACUUUGAGCUAAGGCAAAAGGCAAUUGCGGGAGUUGAUGUGGACAUAGAUAAAACGUCGAAUUUUGAACAGAUGCUUGAUAUUUCAUCACCAGUUCCUGGCUGUUCCCCUGUAGAUAAAAUCAAGUCAUCCAAAAGUACAUCAGAAGAGCAGGGACUUGUGCAUCCCACUCAUGAAGACAGUGAAGGGACUCCACGGGGUGAGUCUGUGGUGAGCCAGCACCCAGCUCCCGACGGCAGUGCUGGGGCACUUGCCCCAGCGGAGGCUGAGGAGCGUCUCCCACAGCAUGAUGUCGAGGGUCCCACAGAAGAUAUUUCCAGCGGCUUGAACCACCUGCUUGUUGACAAAUUGCAAAGGAUCACGAUUGCAGAUGGAGGUGAAGACCAUUCAGGAGCAAGCACAGGUGCUGAGACCUUGCCAGGCCUCUGCAGUGGACCUCCUAGGAGGCCUCAUUACAUAGAAGUGCUCGAAAUGCGAGCCAAGAACCCAGUGCCCCCGCCACAUAAAUUUAAAACCAAUGUGUUGCCGUCACAGCGCCGUGGCUCCCCUGGUCACUGUCGCAGGGGAGAGUCUCCUGUCUCCUCCGAGGAGCGGCGGCACAGGGACAAGCAGCACCUCGAUGACAUCACAGCUGCACGGCUCUUGCCACUGCACCAUCUGCCUGCACAGCUGCUGACCAUAGAAGAAUCCCUGGCGCUUCAGUGGCAGCAGAAGCAGAGUUACGAGGAAAUGCAGGCGAAGCUCGCAGCACAGAAGCUAGCAGAAAGACUGAAUGUUAAAAUGCAGAGUUACAAUCCAGAAGGGGAGUCUGCAGGGGGGUACCGAGAAGUGAGGGAUGAAGACGACGCCCUGUCCUCUGAAGACGAGAGCUGAGGGUGGCCUCACGGCGGCCUUCCAAGCCUGACCGCUGAGACGUCGUUCCUUUCAUCAGACUGACAAGUGUGGUGAUCAGCGUCAGACAGCGCUGAGGGAAACCUGUUAGACUGACACAGAUGAAGCUACAAGGAGAAGCCCAGCAUGUCUUUCAGCGGAUGAUCUUCAUGUGCCUGAAAAGUUUACUAUUUGAACAUCAUGUUUAACCAUAUUGUAUUAAAGUUUUGCGGCUUGUCAUACAUCAAUCUGGUAAUUUAGUAUGUGGCAGAGUACAAUGUUUUCUGAAGGCCAAGUGCAGUCAGAUGAUUUUGCCUUUUCCCUAAAUGUCAGAUAGCACUCAUCACCUCUCCCAGCGAAGUCUCUACCUGCCCUGCACAGCUCUGGUGAGUGAGGAAGGGGCCGCCUGGAGAGGUCGGUGCACCUGCACGGAGUUCCUGGGCCCCUGGACCGAGAGGUCUAGCAUCCAGGGAGGCAGGAGGAGGUGUUUGUUUCCAUCUGCUUAGGAACAGGAAGGCUUUGAGGAGGUGCUGAAGGUGUGGGACCUUGCUGCAAGGUCAGUUUGCAGGGAGUGACUGUAUAGGAAGUGCUCAACUCAGUUGAGCUCGGUGAAAGGAGGUGCUGGUCUCGGGCGGCAGCUGAUGGGUUCUGUGAACUCGAGGGCGACAGGUCCACAUGCGGGACGUAAGUGUCUGGUAAGGAGACCAGAUUUUAAAGGUGACAGAUAUCAAUAUUUUAGGUCCCUCCCCCACAAAAGUCAUAUAUAGAGAGGCCAUGGAAAUCUCAGGCUUGGGGCUGGAGGGUUAGCUCAGCGGCAGAAGUGCCUUCAAGAGUGAGGUUGUUAGUUCAAUCCCCGGCACCAAAAAAAAUAAGUUUCAAUCUCAUUUGUGCAGGUUCCCAUCAUUUUAAAUGAUUGUAUGUUGUCUCCUGAGGAAUUUACACUUAUAAAAAAAAUCUUCCCUUAAUAUGUAGAGCCUUAAAAUACUGAAAGAAAAAAAAAAUAAAGUGUUACAGUAACUUCAAAUGCUGAUGAUGAAUUUUACUGGUGUCUAAAUUUUGCUUCCUUCCAAAGAGGCCAUUCAAGUGUGGCGUGUGUAGGGAAGCACACUUGGGCCACAGGCCUGUGACACCUAGAGAAGCUGCUUUCCCUCGCCCUCUUCCUGGGAGAGACCAGCAUUGAAGGAUGCUGAGCUGACAAUUUUGUUGUUUUUAGUCUUUUUUUUUUUUUUUUCUUUCUUGUCUUUUUGAGAAAGGGUCUCUCUAAGCAAUUCAGGCUGGCCAUUAGCUCACUUGUAGCCCAGACUGGUCUCGAACUUGCAACAAUCCUCCUGCCUCAGCCUCCUGAGUGCUGGGAUUAUAGGUGUGAGCCACACACCUGGCUUGCUUUUAGUCUUUAAAGCUAACAGCUGGUUUGAGAACACGAGCGAUUUAGUAUCCUGCGUGGGAUGAAAGGGCCAGCAGCUUCCGCAGGACUGGAGGCAGCAGUGUUCGUGCACACACCCUGACUUCAGGCCAAGCCUCAGCUCCAGCCUGAGACCGGGGAGCCCGCUGUGAUUUGGGGUUCCCUGCAGCCAUACACUCAGUCUGGAAAUGCAGUCAUACCGCUUACUGUUUGACAGACUGCUUUGAAGAUUAUCAACAUUUUUAUUAAAUACUUUGCACAUUACAUAGCUCCAAGAUAUUUUUCACCGUAACUGUUAAAAUAAUGUCCUAUUGUAUAAAAAUUGUUUAUGUGAUUUCAACAGUGAUUUGAUCAAUAUCUUAAGAGGUAAUCACAUUGACCAGCUGUGGUAGUACAACCCUGUAAUCCCAGGAGUCUGGGAGGCUGAGGCAGAAGAAUCACAAGUUGGAACCUGGCUUGGGCAGUUUAGUGACUUUGGGGGUCCUGCCUCAAACUUUAAAAAGGGCAAGGGGUCAGGAAUGUAGUUCACUGCAAAGGCUCUGGGUUCAAUUUCUGCUACCAAAAAAUCCCAGAAAAAACAUGUGUUUAUUUCCAGAGACAUUUUUAAAGAAGUGAAAUUGCUAGAGAAAAGGUAUGUAAGUUUUUGAGAACCCUGUUAUAUACCACACAUUUCAGAGAGUGUGUCCACUUACAUUUCCUUUAGCCAUAUAUCAGUCACCCAGAAUUUAAAAUCACUGUAAUAAAAUAAAUUACUCUUUAAUAUAUUUGCAAAUUAAUUGUAGAAAAAGCUUAGUGAAGGGUGUUUUUUUUGGGUGUUUAUUUUCCAUUUCUAUUCAUUGAGGUUUGCUUAUUCAUAUGUUUUUGUUUUGUUACUAUUUUGGAGAGCCUGCCCUUUUUCUUAGUUUGAAUUCUUCCUGAAUUAAGAAUGUCUAUCCUUUGUCAUGUAGCACUUUGUAUAGCUUCUGGUGUUUCAGUGUAGUUUUCUUUAGAAGUCUACCUUUACACAUGUGCUUAAACGUACACGUCUUAACCCAACUGGAUAAAUAUACUAGUUUUGUUUUUUUUUGUUGCUUUUUUUUCUCUUUUACAAUUGUCUUUCAUUCAAUAGGAAUUUUAUUAUGUUUAUGCGUGUAAUUCAUUUAAUCUACAUAACUGGAAUGAAGAAAUUUUGAUUACCUCUAGUUUGGAGAUACUGUGUAGGGUGGAGAUUUAAGAUAAAUCUUUGCAAGGGGUUUAUCAGUUGCUUCAGUAUUGAAAGCCACUGUUUUCCUUGUAAUGCUCUAUUUAUAGAUUAUUAAAUUUUUAUGUGUCUUUUGCA